GUAAACACCUAACAAAUGGCGGCUCAUAAACAUGCGCCUUCUACAGAUUCUGUUUAUUAUACCUCCGUUGGUGAAUCUCGUGUGAAUCUGUAAGAAAUUAAUGCGGUGUAUUUCUGUUUUAUUGAUUGAAAACAACUGUUUGAUUUAUAAAAGUGAUAUUAGUGACAUUUCUUGAGUUUAGUCUAGAUUUCUUAAUAAAAUCCGGGUGUUCGCGUGCGUAGUUAUGUGGAGUUUUAUAACAAUUAACAAACUGCACCCCAGUGACGAAAAUGAAACGAGAGAACGGAUAUUGAAACGAUGAAACAAGUUCGAGUACCCAGAAAGUCAAAAUGCCCUAGCCGUCGAGUAGCGCCUUCCAUCACGCUGCCAGUCACCCUGGAGGACCCUGCCACUAAUUGGAAGGGACCGCCGCCCGGUUCGGAACCCCAAAGUUUCGCACAAGGGCCAGCCAAUUCGUUUUCAGGGCCACCGGCUGGCUUCCAAGGACCCUCGCCAUUUCAAGGCCCGCCGGCGGGGGCUGGGUCGCCAGCCGGUGCGCCUCCAUACCAGGGGGGUCCUCCACCGGGUUCAACUACACCCCAAUACACCGCUUCACCGGCUCCAUCAGGUUCGUCGACCCCUGGACCUGGUCCGCCGCCUAACGCGGGUUUUCCACCUCCAAAUAGUGCCGGUCCGCCGUACAAUGGUCCAGGACCGGGUCCUUUCGGUUCUCCGUCGGCGGGAGGACCUCCGUUCGGCCGACCCGGGUCUUCAGGACCUCCUUUUGUUGGAGGCCCGGGUCCUACCGGUAACCACUUUCAACAUUUCGGUCCCGGUCCUGGUUUCGGAAUGCCACCGGGGUCACCAUUCGGGCCUGGUCCAGGACACCCCAUGUCGGGACCCAUGGAGCCGGCUCACGGAAUGAUAUCUAGGCAAAUGGGCGGGCCAAUACCUGUUGAACAAGGAUCUCUUCCUGUUCCUAGGCGGCAUACACCUUAUUUUGGUCAACCAGAUUAUCGGAUCUAUGAACUAAAUAAAAGGCUGCAACAGAGAACUGAAGUAGAUAGUGAUAAUCUUUGGUGGGAUGCAUUUGCAACGGAGUUUUUCGAAGACGAUGCAUCUUUAACUUUAGCAUUUUGUUUAGAAGAUGGUCCCAAACGAUACACUAUUGGAAGGACGUUAAUUCCAAGGUAUUUUAGGAGUAUUUUUGAAGGUGGAGUGACUGAAUUGUAUUAUAAUAUGAAACACCCCAAGGAGUCCUUCCACAAUACUAGUAUUACUCUAGACUGUGAUCAGUGCACUAUGAUAACACAUCAUGGUAAACCUUUAUUUACCAAGGUGUGUACAGAGGGCCGCUUAAUUCUAGAAUUUACUUUCGACGACUUGAUGAGGAUAAAGUCGUGGCAUUUCGCCGUUAGGACGCAUCGAGAAUUAAUCCCAAGAACGGUAGUCGGUAUGCAUUCCCAACAGGAUCCCAGUAUGUUGGACCAACUAUCGAAGAACAUCACAAGGCAGGGCAUCACCAAUUCUACGCUUAAUUAUUUGAGGUUAUGUGUGAUAUUAGAACCUAUGCAGGAACUUAUGUCUCGACAUAAGGCAUACGCUUUAAGUCCCAGGGACUGCCUGAAAACGACGUUAUUUCAGAAAUGGCAGAGGAUGGUUGCGCCGCCGGGUAAGAGAGAAUCUCAAAGGCCGGCGAAUAAACGACGAAAAAGGAAAGGAUCGAAUUCAGGAGGAGCGGCCAAUAAUGCAGCACCGGCGCCAAACAAAAAAAGAUCUCCGGGGCCUAAUUUUUCCUUAGCGUCGCAGGAUGUGAUGGUUGUGGGUGAACCUUCAUUGAUGGGUGGAGAAUUCGGAGACGAAGAUGAGCGACUGAUAACUAGGUUAGAAAACACCCAGUACGACGCCGCCAAUUCCUUAGACCAUGACAACCAUGGCUUCCACGCUGCUGACUCGCCGAUGCCAGGAUCAAAUUCGUGGGGAGCGGGAGUGGGGGAUAGGGGCGGACCGGGAGGAGUCGGUUCACAACAAGGGAAUACCCCUUCCAACCAGGACUCUGAUAAAAAAUCCCCGGCAGUGAGCCAGUGAUAAUAGUUUUUUUUUUCUUUAUAAAAACAAUGAGAAUCUCCGAGUCAGUAUUUUUUUAUUGUACUUCAAGUAUUUCAGUGGUUAGAUUGGUUUUUUUUUAAAUUGGACUUUUUUGACUAAAAAAAAUGACAUUUUUUUGUAUACCAAUGUUUUUAUUAAAAUAUACGGAAGUAGAAAUGAAUUUCGACUUAAAUAUAUGGCCUUAUUAGAUUAAAUAAGUUUUAAAUUUAUUCUGAAGCCAACCAAGAUAUUUGUUUAUUUUAUAAUUUAUAGUAAAAUUGUUCUACUUCCUGUAUAUGAACCAAAUUUGUUAUUUUGAUAAAAAAUUGCAGUGAUUAAUUAAAUUUGAUAAAGUUCCCCCAAUUUUACUGUAAUUUUCGCCAAAGCUUUUCCUUGAUUAGAGAAAAUAAUUCCUUAAAGGAUUUUUACCAACAAAGCUUCGUUUAUCCCCCAGCCCCCUUCAUCUUUACAAAAUAUGGCUUAUGAAUAGCUCUAUAAAAAAGAUUAUGUACAUUUUUCACAUAAACUAAUUCUUUUGGCUGUUAUGACCCAAAAUAUAUCAGCAGGAAUCAAAUCUAUUAACCCAACCUGAUCUCUUCCAAGUGUUCAUGAAAAAAUUAAUCACUUUCAUUCUUACUGAAAUAUUUUGGGUCACAACUGCCAAAAGAUUUAGUUUACGUGAAAAAUGUACAUAACCUUUUUUAUAGAGCUAUUUAUGAGCUAUAUUUUGUGUUUGAAACUUUUUUCUCUAAAAUCAAUAUUUUCAGAAAUAUUUGAAGAGGGUUGGGGGCCAUCAAGGAUAAAAUUCCUUUUGGAGAAUAUCUUCUCUAAUGACGAACAAGCUUUGACAAAAAUUUCGGCAAAAUUGGGAAUUUCAUUCAUUAUUCACAUAGUUUUUUUUUAUUUUACUAUUUUUGAAAUAUCGACUCCAUCCUUCAACUUCUUUUGUUAUAAAUAAAUAAAUAACCAAACCGUUUGAGUUUGUGGUUGAACGGAAUGAUUUUUGGUCUGCCAGGUAAAUCGAACUGAUUUCAAAAUAAGAAAUUUGUCAUUUCAUGUGAUGAGCAUGUUUUUACUGCCCUAACAACCAAUUUGUAUAUUAAUUGUUUAUAAAAAUGUUCAAAAUUUAUUAUUUUAUCCUGUUCUUGAGUCUAUUAUAUUGUGUACAAUAAUGUCUCACCUUGUGUAAAUAUAUUUCUAAUUUCUUUUUAUUUCUAGAAUGUUUUAAUAUGUUUUGGUUGAUUUUAGGUCUCUUCUGAUUGAUAUCAAGUUUUUUGAAAUAAGUAAAAAAUUGACGUUCCGACAGAAAUAAGUCAAAAUGACAAUUUUUUAUGUUUUUUAAAAUUAAUUUUCUAUCUAAAGAGGCUUAAAAUUAAGAAGAUUUAUCGUGAAAAUGAAUUUCUAUUUUAUGAAUCUUAAUUUUUUUAGAGAAUGUUUCGUUGUUAUUCCCCUAGUUGAAAUAAAUCAUUUUUUAGUCAUUUUAUUAGCAUUUUAACAACAAUUUGUGUCAUUUUCUAAUAAAUUUAAAUUUUGAACAUUUUUAUAUGAAAAAAAUGCUGUAAUUAUUUUUAAAAUAAAUUUUAAUAAAAUCCCUGCAAUGUCUACUUGAGAAAUAAUCGAGUAGGUGAAAUUUAGUGCAAAAAUGUGGUAUGAAUAGCAAAUUGUUUUGUCUUUAUUCAAACUAUUGUAUCAUGAGAGUAUUUUUUUUUAAUUUACGGGCGUAGAAAAGUAGCUUUUAAAUUCCAUUAAAAAUAUAAUAUUUCAAUAUUAAACCGACUACUGCUACCUGUCUACGCCCCCUUGUGUUGUGUACGUAAUUUAAACAGAAAAAAAAUACAAAGGGGUACAUCGUAAAGUUGAUUUUUUAAACAAUAAAUGUGUUUUAAAGUUUUUAUAGAUUUUAUGAUGUAAAUAGUUUUUUUAUUGAAAUAUUAAUGUAUAAAAAAACGGUUUCCUUAAAAGUGAAUUGAAUUAAAAAUACUUGAAGUAUAAAACGGAAGUUACAAGAAAUUCAGGAAACGAGUAAAGGUAAUCAACAUUAUUUUCAAUAUGAAUACAAAAAAUUGGUCAAAAGGAACAAAAUUACGAUAAAAUUAUAAAUUGUACUAAAUCAGAAGAAUUGAUCUGUGGAAUUAAUCAUUUCCCUCCUCAAAAAAAAACUGACGAGGUCAUAAAGAAUAAGUAAAUGUCAAUUCGUAUUAAUUAUAACAAACAGUGGAAUUCAUAGUGUUACUAGAACGUAUAAAGAACCAAAAGUACAAAAAUUAUGAAAUUAUAAAUUUAUUAUUUAUAUUUUUUUGAAAGAUACUAAAAACUAAACAUCUAACAUCUUCAAUCAAUUCAAUAAAGGAACUGAAAAAGGAUUCAAUGAAUAAGGAAAUUCACGAAAUUUUUAAAAUAUUGGAAAUUAAAAAUGUAUAGUUUCCCUCAUGAAAAAAUGAAAAAAACAACAACAACAACCAGAGGAGUCUUAAAGAAAACGUAAAUUAUAAUUUAUGAAAUUUCAAAUUUAUUAGUUUUUAGAUAAAUAUUCAAAAUGAAAACAUUCAUCAUUCCACUCAUUAAGAACCGAAAGACUACAAACAAUAAGAGAAUGAUAAAAUUUACGAUCUUAUCAUUUUCUUAUUUUUUUUUUAAUGUAUAUAAAUAUAAAUAAAUAAAUAACCAAAAGAAUGCCAUGCUAAAGAAGCUGCAAACAAUCCUACUGAAAUCCCAGCACAGCUUACCAAUGAUCUGAAGACUAACUUCGAAACCCUCAUCCAAGAGCAGUACAUAACAUCCAUCCAUCUACUUCUAACCUGCCCCUAAACUUUUUGAGUAGGAGAGAAGUUGGAACAAUAAGAAGAAUUCGCAUCAAUCAUACAAAACUUACUAUUUGCUGGGUUUAAAGUUACAAAGUUCUCUAAGAGCCUCCAACUGCUCGUCUACGCAAAUAUUGUGGAGAAGGUAAUUUUUAUAAUUUUCAAUAAAUAGCUCUCUAAUUAGAGACAGUUUAUCAAUCUACUAUCUUUUGUCAUCAAAUCUAAUGAACUUCAAUAAAAAUGUAAACCUACUUUUAGUAAAUUUUCUUUUUAUGCUAUUCUACAAUUCACUUGUUUAUUAAUCCCACAAAAAAUUAAUCUAACAAAAAGAAUACCAUUUUAAUAAAAUUUGAAAAAAAUGUUGAUAGAAUCCCAUGAAGGAGGCUUAAUAUUUUCUAAAUUUCUUGUAACUCGAACAGAUAGCCAGUGACGUUUUUAUUUUCCAUUAUUUAAUUAUUUUCGACGAGAGAAUUAAAGAAGUGCAAGACGAAGAUUUCUUUUAGGAGUGAGAUAAGAAAAAUAAGAGACAGUGUGCUAAGAGUGAAAACAAAAAAAUACUAAAUUAAUUGAAACUUGAUUGUGCUGACAAUGCUAAAAAUGGACCAUACAGACGAUUUGUUUUAGUGUUGACAUUACAAACAGGAGUCUACAGUCGAGGCGAACUUUAUUUAUGAUAUAAAUAUUAUUUGAUUAUCGAUUUUAUUGAAUAUAUUGUUUGAUUUAAUUUAUUUGUUAAUAUUAAAUUAAAUCAUCUACUACACUACAAAAACAGUUGUUAUUUAAAAAUCGUUUAAUUUUGUGUUUAAAUGUGACAUUAAGAUCAAAAUCUACCUUGUAAUUAACAAUUACAGUACUAAUGUAUUUGUCAGUUACAAUGCUGUAAUUCAAAUUGUAACUGCAACUUCCCAAGGUAAAAAAAUGAAAUUUCUUAAAUCCCAUGGAUUUAUGCUACUGUACGAGUAGUUAAUUAGAAAAUUCUUAUUUUCUUGUAAGUUUUUUUGAUAUUUCAUACAACUAAAUUGUUUAUUACAAAUAUGUCAAAUUAUUUGAAAUCUUUUUCUCCUCAUCUUUUCAUGUUUUAUAUAUAGAUUGGCGCAUAUUUAAAAAAUAGAUUAAAGAAUAAAUAUGAAAGGUAUAGUUGAAAUAAAACUAAGGAAUUGUAAAGUAAUAACUGAAGUUUAUUUUUUUUUAAAUAAUACCAUCUAAAUGAUUAUCCUUUCCACGAUAGUACUCCUCUAAGUGCGAACGGGAAUUAUUGUAAACUUUUUUUGGUGAUGCUGAUGUAAUUGCUCUGCCAUUUUACCACGGGUAUUCUCUGUACUAUACUUUGUAUUUAAAAUAUUCUUGCCUUCCUUGUCAUGUUCCCUAGGUAGUCAACGUGGUCCUUAAACUUCAGUCCCCAGUCUAGGUUUUUACCUUUGUGAUCUAGAUGACUACUUCUUUCACCAUAUCUAUACUGUCUUCUUAGUUUUUCUAGUACCAUGGGGAUUGAGGAUUAAUAGAAGAUAUCUCUUACUGUUGUUUUUCUUUGGUAGUUUUUAAUUAUUAAAUUCUACACUUUUAUACUAAAAACCUUUUAAAUGUAUCCUAAAAUAAACUUAGGUAAUUUGAAUUUUUAUUUUCUCGAAUUUUAUCAAUUCGGUACCAUUUUGGUAUGGUAUAAAAUAUUUCAUUCAGUAAAUUUCACAAAAUAGCCUUGCGACUUUCUAUAUUCAUAUCAUAUUAAAUAUACAAUGUAAAACAUAAAUAAUAAGUCUGUUGUUACUUUGGCAGUUCUUAUAUUAUGAUUUUUUUUAAAUAUUUAUUUGCUUUUAUGUUUUUAUAUUUAUAUGUUCACGAAGUUCGCCUAGACUGUCUCUAUUUGCACCGGAAACAGUGCAAUUUAAAAAAUAAAAUUGGUUUCUUUUCGAAACCGCCACCAUAUGUACCUCUAAUGAGUGAAUGCGAAAAAAAAAAAGGUUUUUGAAUGGCAGCUCAUUUGUACAGUAGUUUAUAACAUCACACUGUAUGUUGUUUGUGUUAUGAAACACAUUUACAGACACACACACAUAACACACACACACAGAGAAAAUUGUCCAGGUAUAUUGUGUAAGAUUAGAAAUUAAUUAUUAAAUUAAUAUGGUGAAA